ACGCGAUUCAAAUCUGCCUCGUCGCGAAUGCGUCCGAUAGACGUUUCUAAAUUUUUUUUGUUUCGUUCCAUCGAUUCAUUCCUUAGGUCUUUCAAAUAAAAACACGUGCGUUUAUCCAGGUGUGUGCGACAGUGCUUACGGUCCAUGUGUUGAUCAAAGGUCCAUGUGUGUGUCAAAGAGUGGCAAUGCUAUGAACGAUGGAAUUGUCGGCGGUUUUGACCGCGUUCGUUGUUAUGACAUUUGCGUCGGCGGCCGUCGCGCCGCUGGAAUGGAACGUUACAAACAAUUCGACUUUGCCGGCGGGAGCGGAGGCCGGCGGCGGGACAGUGUCGCUUUGUGCCUCCCCGGCUUGGGCCCUUCUGCCAAGCACCUGUCACUGCCCCAAGCGACGCGGCGACACUACGGUCAUCUGUAGAGGCGCCGCACUGGAAGCGCCGCCGAUUAAACCGCCACAGGGUUUAAUCAAACUGGACUUGUCUAACAACAGCAUAACGGAAUUGUUGCCAAGAGCUUUCGCAGAAUACGAACAGCUAGAAGAAUUAAAUUUGUCCGAAAAUCGGUUGCUGACGUUAAAUCGAGAUGCCUUCGUCGGGUGCAAGGUUUUGAAGAAGUUACACAUGCAGAAAUGCGGGCUGCUUCAAGUUCCAACUGAAGCUCUACAACCACUACGAAUGCUCAACACUCUAAACUUGGGACACAAUUCUUUAACAACUCUGGAAGAAGAUGCAUUUUCAGAACUGGACCAUUUAGCUAUUUUAUUAUUAAAAAGAAACAGGAUAAGCUCUAUUCACGAUUUGGCCCUGGCAAAUUUAUCAGCACUCCGUGUAUUAGAACUGGAUGAUAAUCUUCUGAGGGAGUUUCCGAGGGCUUUAUCGACCGUAUCUCAAUUGAAGGAAUUAUCAAUAUCAGGAAACAGGAUACAGAGAAUGGACUCUGACAGUUUGCCCCGACAGCUCGUUCUGCUCGACAUGAGAUCGACGGCUCUGAGCGAAGUGGCGGACGACACAUUCCGACACAUGACCCGACUGAGGAAUAUGUAA